AUGACAGCUUUGCUACGCGCCGCGCCUCAGUGCGUCCCCUUUGACGUGCGGCUGCAGCUGUUCAGGCAGGUUCUUCAGGAGGACAAGGCGAGGGGCCGGUGGGACGUGAGCGCAGCGGAGGGUGGGCCCCGCCCCCUGAAGCUGACAGUGCGGCGCGACCAGCUUCUGGAGGAUGCCUACGCAGCACUGGGAGGCAUGGGCGAGGCCAUGAAGGGUCGCCUCUAUGUGACAUUCAUAAGCGCGUCAGGCGCCCCGGAGGCUGGCCUGGACCAUGGUGGCCUGACAAAGGAGUUGCUGGAAACGGCAGUGGCAGCGGCCUUGCAGCCGGGCUACGGGCUGUUUGAGGUGGCACAGGGCAGCGGCUUGGCCUACCCCUCUCCCACUGCGGAGGCCAUCCCUCACGGGCUCGCUCUGCUGGAGUUCACAGGCCUGCUCGUGGGCAAAGCGCUGUACGAGGGGAUCCUGCUGGAUCUGGCCCUGGCUCCUCCUCUGGUGCUGGCACUGCAGGGCCAGAGGCCUGGGGUGGAUGACCUGGCGGCAGUGGACGCGGGGCUGGCCUCGGGGCUGGCGGCCGUGAAGGACUAUGGCGGCGACGUCGCAGACCUGGGUCUCACCUUCAGCGUUGACCUGCAGAGCUUUGGCCAGACGGUCUCUGUGGACCUGCUCCCUGGUGGCGGGUCGUUGCCUGUUACCAACGACAGUCGUACCCUUUACUGUCACCUGCUGGCGGACUUUCACCUCAACAGGAG